AUGUCGUCCACGGCCGCUGCCCCGUCUACCACCACCGUAAAAUCAGUACGCAAGAAUGGGAAGAAUUGGCAUACGACAAAAAAAGCAUUUCGCCCUAAUGCGGGCUUGACCUCGUACGCGAAGAGACUAGAAGCACGGAAACAACAAGAAGCUGUCAAAGAGCACGAAAAAGAACUGAGGGAAGAAAAGGAGGCUGAACGACAAGCACAUAUCCAGAGAAUCAAGGACCGAAGGGCCGCAAAGGAAGAAAAGGAGCGCUACGAGAAGAUGGCUGAGAAGAUGCACCGCAAACGGGUUGAGCGACUCAAGAGACGGGAGAAGCGCAACAAGCUGCUCAAUUCAUGA